AGGACAUGUAUAUAUAUAAAAAAUAAUAGUAUGAGUUUCUCAUUCAAGCAUCAGCCAACAGUCAAGUUGAUUUUAAGGACACUGAGGGUAGUUUUAGUGUAGUAUGUGUACAAAUAUAUAUUUUGCGUUGGCGCAAAAGCACAAGUUAAUGUAUAUGAGUAGGGAUGAAGUUUUAAGGGUGAAAAAUAACAUGAGCAAAUAUAUGCUAGUGAAGUUAGCUAAGCCGGGUAGUGACGAGCUUGCAAGCAAUGAAAUGAGUCAGUAGUUGUUGAUACCAGUUGAGACACUCACUGAGAGUGUGGUGCCUCUAAUUGAAAAUGAAAAAAAAUUAUAAAGUUAAAAUAGAGAUAAUAAAAAGGAUGCUGUAUGUGUAUGAAUUGUGAAUACUGUGAUAAUAAAAAAGUUUGUAAACAUUUUUGAAAAAAAAAAAUAACAAAUGGUAAUGAUGUUGAUGGUGACAAUGAUGAUGAUGAUUAUCAAAAGAAUAAUAAGUGUAAAAAAACAGCUAAAUUUAACAAUGAUAAUUCAAAUGAAAAAAAAAUAUAUGAUUCAAGAUUAUUUUUUUAAUGAUAAUAGUAACAACAGUAUUGUUGGAAAUGUUAAAAAAAAUUCAACUUUAUUUCUAUGAUGAACAACAAGCACACAGCUAAUAAUGGAUAUUACAGCAGCCAGGAGUGAUCAGCUUGAUCAUCAUAAAAAACGUCAAAAAAAUAUAUCAAUGGAUGAAAGCUUAUGUGUAAACUCCAUAAUUUGGGCAAUUGUAUUAAUAUUAAUAUUAAAAAUUGAUGGUACAAGUGGUAAUUGUGAGCUUGCAGAAUUAACAUGUCGUGAUGGUAGAUGUAUACCACUUGAUGCAUACUGUAAUGGUCAUGAUGAUUGUGGUGAUGGCAGUGAUGAGCCAGCAUUAUGUACACCAUGUAAUAGAACAUAUCAUGGUAAAGAGGGACGUACAUAUGAGCUUGAAUUAACAAGGCCAACUGAAGGACGUUUACCAUUUUUAUGUCAUUUAACAUUCACUGCUGGUGGUGCUGGACAUGGUGAAUUGGUACAAUUAUUUUGGGAUGCAUUUAGUAUUGGACGUCUUGAGACAAUAAAUGGUGAAGAAAAUGAGCCAAUUUAUGCAAGUUGUCCUGAGGGAUCAUUACAAUUAUCAGAUCUUGGUAGACCAUUUACUGGUGGUUCAUGGUGUGGUAGCAGUCAAGGACGUCCAAUAUAUUACAGUGAAACAAGUACUGUUACAGCAUCAAUUAGAUUAUUUUAUGCACCAUCAAAUGUACCAUUUGAAUUUAGAUUAAGAUAUAGAUUUAUAUCACGUAAUGAAUCAAUUGCUAGAUUAGGACAACCUGGUUUAUCAAUUGAAAGAGGUUCACCAGUACCUGGUACAUAUUGUUCACGUAAUUUUUAUGAAUGUCAUAAAAAAAAAUGUCGUGUACAAAGUCCAAAUUAUCCUGGUGAAUAUCCAAGAAAUGCUAGUUGUUUAAUAACAGUUAGACAAAAAUUUGUACCAACAUGUAAACAUGCUAUGAUAUCAAUAAAAGCUGGUAGUGGUAUUGGUUCACAAAUAUUUCAAAGUUUUACAAAUUUACAAACAUUUAUAAGUAGUAGUAGUAAUUUAAUAAAUAAUAAUACAUUAAUAUAUAAUAAUAAUGAUACAAUAAUAAAUAAAAAUACAGAUAAAGCUAAAAAAUAUUAUUCAAAUUUACAAUAUAAUAAUAAAACAAUUAAUAAAUUAAGUGUAUGGCAAGAUUGUACAUCAGAAAAAGAUCGUUUAGUAUUUCGUGAUGGUUCAAAAUUAGAUGAUCCAAUAUUAUUAAUAUAUUGUGGUGGUCCAUUACCAAGAAUAACAGCACGUGGUCCAGUAAUGUUAAUUGAAUUUAAAAGUUCAUCAAUACCAAUACCACUUGGUUCAUCAAAAAUGAGACUAGAAUUAGAUGUACCAGUUGUUUAUGUUGAUUCAGAUGGUCUUGAUUAUGCAAGAGGUAAUCAAGGAUGUCAUUUUUAUAUUAAUGAAACAAAUAAAAGAAGUGGUAUAUUUCGUGCACCACAACAUACAUUACCAAUGGGUUCAAUUUGUACAUGGGAUAUUAGAGGUUCAAUUGAUGAUCGUGUAUGGCUUUAUUUUUCAUCAUAUACAGAGCAUUAUCAUACAUAUAAUAAUGAUGAUCAUAAUGAUGAUAAUGAUGAUAGUAAUAAUAAUAUUAAAUUUAUAAAAAAUAAUAAUUCAUCAUUAAGUUUGCUUAAAAAACAAUGUUCAGUUAAAAUGACACUUUGGGAUGGACCAGCAAAUACUGGAAUUUUCAUAGCAAGUUUUUGUGAUAAUAUACCAAAACUUUGUACACAUGCUGCAUUAAGAAAUACAACAAGAUCAACAAGACCAUGUACAGAAUCAGAAAGUUAUUUAUCAACUUCAUCAUCAUUAACAUUAAAAAUGGAAACAUUAUUUGGUACAGCAUUACGUAAUGUUAAUUUUCAAGCAAAAUAUGAAUUUAUAUCAACAAAACAAAGUGGUGAACAAUGGGGUAAUAAUGGUGCAUGUAAUAGAAUAUGGAAAAAAUAUAAAAGUGGUGAUAUAACAUCACCAAAAGAUAUUAGAUUAUAUGGUAGAGGUGGUGCUAAAAAAAUUGAUUGUAAUUAUAGAAUUGAAGCUGGUGCUGGUGAACGUGUACGUUUAACAAUACAUAAUAUUAGUUUAGGUGAUAAUACAAAUUGUAUUACUGAGCCAGAUCAACAUUCUGGUAGAUCAAAAUGUGUACAUGAAAAUGGUACUAGAAAUGCUAAAUUAAUAAUAUAUGAAUCACCAUGGAAAGAUGUUAAAUUACCAAGAGCAUGUUUAUGUGAUAAUACAUCACAUUUACCACUUGUUCAUAUAUCCUCAGGAAAAGCAUUGGAAAUUAAAUUUAUUGUUAAUCAACAAGCACCACAUGAAGACUUUGAAACAUUAUUUUUUUUUGCUAGUUUUGAAUUAAUUAAAGUACCAGAAUGUCCCAGGAGGCAACGUCUCCGUGGAGAAGGUGGAGAAUUGAAAUUUUUAGAGCCACCACUUUCACGACCAGAUAUUUAUUGUGAGGGUAUGCCUUGGCUAGUUGAAGCAAGAGAUAAUCGUUCUCUUUUUGUAUUAACAUGGGGCUGGUUUUUACCUCUUGAACCUACAACAACAACAACAACAACUACCUCUACAUCAUCAUCAUUAUCGUCGUCAUCAUUAAAUAGUGAAUUGUCUUCCAACACACAACAACAACAAAAUUAUUUAGUUACAUCUGAUUCACCAAUAAAAUGUCCAACAACAAAUAGAAUAUUAUUAUAUUCUGGAUGGCCAGCAAAAUUAUUAAAAGUUGUAUGUCCAUCUGAGCCAGGUGCACGUGAUUUUACUGUUCAUGUAUUUUCUGAAGAAUGGCUAUUAACUGCUGGUACAUCAGAUGAAAGAUGGCUAGCACCACCAAGACCAGCAACUCUUAUUAUUGAUUUUGUUGCACGUGAACCUGGACAAGCAGCAGCAUCAUGGCUUGAAAUAUCUAAAACAAAAUCAGCACUUAGACGACAAUUACGUUUACCUGGACGUGUUAUUGAUAAUGAAACAAUAAAUAAUGGUGAUUGUUUACAUACAUGUCCAGAACUUGGUGCUUGUAUUGCUGCUAGUUUAUGGUGUGAUGGUAGAGUACAUUGUCCAUCUGGUUAUGAUGAAGCUAAUUGUGGUAGUGGAGCUAGACUAUUAGGUCUUUUACCAUCUGGUGUUUGGCUUGUUGUUGCUGGUGUUGCUGGAAUUGUCACUGCAUUUGCAUGUAUUUUAACAAUUUUAAUGUGCAAAUCAAAAAAUCGAGCUAAACGUUUGUUUAAUGAAGAAAUUAGAAGAACAAGUACUUUAUCAAGAAGAGUACCAACUGAGGAGUCAUUAAUAACAACGUCAUCUUGACAAACAACUCCCGGCUAUGUUGAAUAUAUUCACGUUGACCGGGAGACAACUGUUUAAAUACAAAAAAAAAAAAUUAGAUAUGUGUUUACAAAGCUUUCUUCUCACCGUCCACAAUUUCGUUUUUCUUUUGGAAUUUAAUUUAUAUUUCGAAUUAAUUAUCUAUCAUUUUUUUAAAUCAAUAUAUACAAAAUUAAUUGCUGAAAUUUAUUUUCUAUUUUUAACAUUAAUUAAUCUAUUUAAAUAAAUUAAUUUAGUUUUUUUUUUUUUAAAUUGAGAAUCCAUAUUAUAAAGUAUAAAAAUUAAAAGAAAAAAAAAGCUUUAAAAUUAACUGUUGUGGUACAAAUGCCUCAGCGUCCUUGAGAACGCCGUUGUACUGCUAUAAUUAAAGUAAUAAAAAAAAAUAUAUAUAUAUCUAUGAAAAAUAAUGAUAAUUAAAAAAAAUAAAAAUAAAAAACAUCGAUGAAGAAGCCCCGAGUUAAAAAAAAAAACACUUGUGAAGCACAUCGGGUGAAAGCCAAUAU